CGGCGGGCCGUACAUAGAAAGGUACCUAACCUAGGUACCUAACAUAAUGAUGGGGAAAAGGGUGAUGCAGGGGCUGAGGUCCUCAUCUAACUUUAAUUCUGAGCCGCUAUGCACUGAGUGGGUACUUGAAUGUAUUACAUAAUUAGAAGGCUUCACCUAUCGGCAUUCAGCUUAAUAGCUUCAAUAUGAUAGCCGUUGAUAGCGUCGAUAAGUCGAUAAGUCGAUAAAUCGAUAAGUCGAGCUCGUCCCGCAGAACUUUAUUUUCACAAAUCCAAAAAUGCCAAAAAGACGACGUCAUUCGGCAAAUACGACUGGCUAAUCCGUGUUAACAAACAAACCUCUUAACCCCAUAUCAAACUACCAAACUCUCUAUUCCUCGGCAUUAAAUAACUACUACCAUGGGCGUCUUCGGUUUCUUCACUUCUGCCGACGAGAAGCGCAAAGAGGAGGUACGCACCGGUGCGCGCGCGCCAGAUAGAACGGAGCGGCAGCUAUGCUGGGAUGCGCGCGACAAAUUCUACAAAUGUCUAGACAAGCACGAUGUUAUCGACUCGCUAAACGGCGACGGCAAGAAAAUUGCCGAGAAGCAAUGUGGGCAGGAGAAUAAGGGGUUCGAACAGAACUGCGCCAGCGCCUGGGUAACUUACUUCAAGCGAUAUCGAGUUGCUGAGCACCAAAAGAAGAAGACGCUGGAGAAAUUACAACGAGAGGGCGCGAAUAGGAUGGCAGUCGAAGGAUCUACGAGGACAUAAGGCGAUGGCACUUAUCCCUUAUCUGAUAGAUAUUGGAUAUAACUUGUAUUAUCUUGUACAUAAUCCAAAGGCAUUAAGAGGAGUUAUGGCUUGGGAAAAGGUUAGGUAUAAUAUUGAUAUUCUCCCUUCUGCUGGGUUAGGUACACCUAUUAUACAUAAUAGUCGAGGGCCAGGUUUGCGGCAGUUAACUCGUGCUUUGCCGGUACAUGAGGCCGCCGAUGAGUUUGUAAGAUUUCGCAAUCUCUAAUCCGUAAUCUCUACAAAGCCUUGGUCUGAAAUUUGCGUAGUCCCGGCUAUGGCAAACGCUUAAGCCAAUCGUGGAGUUAUGCAUGUGUUAAUCUCUCUAGAAUGCGAUGAUCUAAGCUGUGACAUACAUGCGCUGUUGAGACGUGUAUCAACUUAUUCGCUGUGGGCUACUUGUUCGGAGCUUUAGUGAGCCUUUUGAUUGUGACCUUGGGUUCCCCAAUUGCGGGCUACGUUGAGGAGGCAUCCAACGUUACUCGAUAUGGGGUUCGGGGCAAUGACAACGGAGUCUCCAUACCGUACUAUGUAAUACUAUGUUUAUGCAUGACCGACAUGAUCUACAAGAAAACUAUAUAACAAUAGCGACGCUGUUUUGAUAGGUCGGUUCCGUGGUAAGAUUGAGUAGAGUU